AAGGCCAUCGCAGCCAUGCAGCAGUUUGGCGGCCUGGAGGCCACUGGCAUCCUGGAUGAGGCCACCCUGGCACUGAUGAAGACCCCACGCUGCUCCCUCCCGGACCUCCCCACAAUGGUCCAGGCUCGAAGGAGGCGCCAGGCUCUGGCUCCGACCAAGUGGAAUAAGAGGAACCUGUCGUGGAGGGUCCGGACUUUUCCCCGAGACUCGCCCCUGGGCCGCGACACAGUGCGGGCACUCAUGUACUACGCCCUCAAGGUCUGGAGCGACAUCACGCCGCUGAACUUCCAUGAGGUGGCGGGCAGCGCCGCCGACAUCCAGAUCGACUUCUCCAAGGCAGACCACAACGACCGCUACCCCUUCGACGGCCCCGGUGGCACUGUGGCCCACGCCUUCUUCCCUGGCGACCACCACACCGCAGGGGACACCCACUUUGAUGACGACGAGGCUUGGACCUUUCGCUCCUCAGAUGCCCACGGGAUGGACCUGUUCGCAGUGGCCGUGCACGAGUUUGGCCACGCUGUCGGGCUGAGCCAUGUGGCUGACACGCACUCCAUCAUGAGGCCAUAUUACCAGGGCCCAGUGGGCGACCCGCUGCGCUAUGGGCUCCCCUACGAGGACAGGGUGCGCAUCUGGCAGCUGUACGGUGUGCGGGAGUCUGUGUCCCCCACAGCGCAACCAGACACUUCAGAGCCUGAGGAUCACCCCCUCCUGCCGGGGCCUCCCAACAAUCGGUCCAGCACCCUGCCCAGGAAGGACGUGCCUCACCGGUGCAACACUCACUUUGAUGCAGUGGCCCAGAUCCGCGGGGAAGCCUUCUUCUUCAAAGGCAAGUAUUUCUGGAGGCUGACACGGGACCGGCACCUGGUGUCCCUGCAGCCGGCACAAAUGCACCGGUUCUGGCGGGGCCUGCCGCUGCACCUGGACAGUGUGGACGCCGUGUACGAGCGCACCAGCGACCACAAGAUUGUCUUCUUCAGAGGAGACAGAUACUGGGUGUUUAAGGACAAUAACGUAGAGGAAGGAUACCCGCGGCCCAUCUCCGACUUCAGCCUCCCGCCGGGUGGCAUCGAUGCUGCCUUCUCCUGGGCCCACAAUGACAGGACUUAUUUCUUUAAGGACCAGCUGUACUGGCGCUAUGAUGACCACACACGGCGUAUGGACCCCGGCUACCCUGCCCAGAGCCCCCUGUGGAGGGGCGUCCCCAGCAGACUGGAUGAUGCCAUGCGCUGGUCUGAUGGUGCCUCCUACUUCUUCCGUGGCCAAGAGUACUGGAAAGUGGUGGACGGUGAGCUGGAGGCGGCGCCCGGGUACCCGAAAUCCACAGCCCGGGACUGGCUGGUCUGCGGAGACUGGCAGGCAGAUGGCUCUGAGGCAGCAGGCGUGGACAGGCCAGAUGGGGCCCUUGCCCAGCCGGGACAACAUGACCAGAGCCGCUCUGAGGACGGCUAUGAGGUCUGCUCCUGCACUGCCCGUGCCUCCCCACCCCUCGGGGCCCCGUGCCCGCUGCUGGCCACCCUGCUGCCACUACUGCUGCUGUGCACAGCAGCCCAGGCCCUGGCGCUAUGA